CACACAGGAAGUACUGCGUUGUUUCUGUGUUCAGGAUUCAAUUUUAAACUCAAGUCUUGAUUUUGUCGUCAUGGCGUCUCGGCAGUAGAGUUUAAUUAAACCGCACUGUGAUUAAAACCAGUUUAAGUGGCCGAACAUGCCGAAGGUCGUGUCCAGAAGUGUUGUGUGCUCGGACACAAGAGACAGAGAGGAGUACGACGACGGAGAAAAGCCUCUUCAUGUCUACUACUGCCUGUGUGGGCAAAUGGUUUUGGUGCUGGACUGCCAGCUGGAGAAACUGCCCAUGAGGCCCCGGGACCGAGCCAGGGUGAUCGACGCGGCCAAACAUGCUCACAAGUUCUGCAACGUGGAGGACGACGAAAACGCGUACAUCAAGAGAGCCGAGGGCAUCGAGAAGCAGCACCGCAAGAAGUGCGGCAAGUGUGGCCUGCUGCUCUUCUACCAGCACCAGGAGAAGAACAACCCGGCCACCUUCAUUUUGGAUGGAGCCGUGGUCAAGUUCGGACAGGGCUUCGGCAACACCAGCGUCUACAGCCAGAAGCAGCCGGAAGCACCCAAGAAAGUCCGCGUGAUGAUGACCAAGCGGACCAAAGACAUGGGCAAAUUCAGCUCCGUCACGGUGUCCACCAUAGACGAGGAGGAGGAGGAGAUCGAGGCCAGGGAGGUGGCGGACUCGUACGCCCAAAACGCCAAAGUGAUCGAGAAGCAGCUGGAGAGGAAGGGCAUGAGCAAGAGAAGGCUGCAGGAGCUGGCUGAGCUGGAGGCCAAGAAGGCAAAGAUGAAGGGCACACUCAUUGACAAUCAGUUCAAGUAGACGAGUCUCACUGAGGGCCAAAGACUUGCUGUGACUGUUAUCCUGUGGACGCAUUCACCUGCACUAAACCACAGUGGGUCCUGCAGCUCGACUGAACUGAUCUGUCCGGUAUUGGCCCACCAGUUUGUCUGGGGCAACAGCACUCCAGUGGACAAAAAGAGUUGCAUAUAUUUGGACACAGAGAAAAAGGACUGGUUAUAUGUGUGGGUGUUGCAUAUUAUGAUACUGGUCUUGGGGAUCAGCAUCUUAACAUAGAUCUUUAAGUCACAGACCAGUUAUAGACCAUUUGAAUUUGUUUAAAAUGUUAUUUUGUACAAAAUUAAAAGACAAAAUAAACUUGUUUGGUAUUUUUAAGACA